AUGACAACAAGUUCUUUAGUUUCUACCGCUUCUAAAACCAGUACGACGUCUUCUACAUCACGAUCAACUAAUUCGCCAACUUCCACAUCCACUACCACAAGUAAUAGCGAUAGAAAUUCUCAACCACAAUCAUCUCCUACUCCACAAAUAACGACAUCAUUCAAGACUGUUGUAUUAUCCACUGUCGUCGAUGGAUCACAAAGUACAAUCACAACGGUAACUCCGAUCGUUACGUCGCCAGACACAGAAACGCAAGUCAUUACAGUUGGUGCAGGUGGUCCAACUACUUCGCCUACUCAAAAGACUGUAGGCGGCUUGAUUUCAAAUGCAGAGAGAAAUGAUAACUUCCCAGUUUUGAGAAAUGUUGUGGUUGGAUUUGUGACGAUUUUUGGAAUGAGUUUCUUAGCUAAUUUAAAAUACUGA